UUAACUGUUUUAGCUUUUAUCGACAGCGAGUCAGCGACAAUGAAUGAAGAUAUUGAUUUUAUAGAGGAAUAUCCGCUAAGAGCUGAAACCGUUAAUGCGGUUGAGCAUCAAGAUGAACGAUUGCGUUCUUUAAGCUCUCGAAAUGCAUUUCCUCCUGUGAAUGCAGCUUUAAAACGGAACUCACAAAAGCAGCUGACAUCAUUUUUCAGUAAGCCAAGCACUGAAAAAACAACUGGAAAUGUCAUAAAUGAGGAUUAUGAGAUUCAGAGCAAUAUGAUCGUAAACACUGAGGAAGAAAUUGAUCUUCUUCGUGAUGUAGAAUCCUUUUCUGAUACCAGCAAAGAAACCUCAACAAAUACUGUUGAAAAUGUUGAUCGAGCUACCCUUGUUGAAAAUGAAACAACUCUUCAAAAAGUAUAUUGAGUUUUCAUAAUCUGAAAAGACUAUGCGACCCUGCCCGCGCUGAAAUUGAAUGGCGAUGCCAGGCAAUUUUGCCACUAGAAGACAUUGGGUUGACAAGCGAAGGCGAGAUUGAGCUGCUGGAUGCAGAAUCUUACUGGUUGUCAAUUAUAAAAAUGACGCUGUCUGGAAAACCAAGAUUUCCGAAUUUAUGUGCAAUUAUUUCAUUUCUUUUUUCAAUUCCAUGUAGUAAUGUAAUUGCCGAAAGGGCUUUUAGCCUACUUAAGUUAAUUAAAACUGAUAUUUGAAAUCAAAUGGGUGAGGAAGUAUUGGAUUCUUUAAUGCGAACCAAAUACUGGAUGAAAAAAGAGCGGAAGACACCAGCGGAAAUGGAAUUUCCCAGUCAA